UUGGUGAGAAUGUUGCUUGGUCCACCUCCUAAAUGUCCAAAUGCCCUGACCAAGGCUCUUGAUCAUGAUGAUAGGAAUGAUCGUGACACAUCAGCUGACCAGCAAGCAAAAGACUUAGAGGAAUACAAUCCAAAUGCUUCACUUGAAAGGAGACCCAGAAGAAGACUUUGCAUUACAAAAGAGGGUGAUCAUAGCUGUACUUGUGUUAAAACUGAUCUUUCAGACUCUGAGCGGUGCAUUCCAGAGGUAUUGCCAUUGACUGGAAUCUUAGAUGGUUUGGAAUCUCAAAAAGGUGUUGGAAAGAAUCAAAGUUCUACUUUGAAAAUGGGAAAUGAUGGUCCAAACCUCAAACAAGAACAUGAUGAAUGUAGUUGCAGGGUACUUGUGAGUCCGAAGAAACAUGAUUAUUUCAUCUGUCAUAAAGACAAGCCAAGACAUCCAAAUUCAGGUCCCACCAGCCCUCCAAGAUGCUGUAGCCCUCAAUUGAGAUCACGUCCUGAGAGCAAGAGACAUUUAUCGCCUUUGAAAAGCAGGCUGCAUUCCUUUAGUCCAUCUCCAAAUCAUCCUGGAGUCAGAAACCAGGAGUGGGGAGAAGUGGGGACUGAAGAGCGCCUACGAUCGCCACAGGCCCGCAGUUACAACGCAGACGAGGUCCGUGAGUAUAUGAACAGGCAGUUGGUCGAGCGCAAGAAGAAGGAGAGGGAAGAGAAACGCUCAGUGAAGCACGCUAUAGAGAUGAGGAAGAAAAGACUUCAGGAAGUCUACAGGAAGCAAAAAGAGGCUCUCUCAAAGAAAACAAGAGGGAAACAGAGGAGCAGUUCACUGGGUGCAGGGAAAAAAUCUACAAAACAAGUAACAAGAGUGGGUGCAUCUCAAGUGAUUAAAGCUCAGGCAUCAGCUCAAGCCAACAUGGAGCCUGGAGACUUCAAAGAAAGGGGGAUAUAUCAGCGGGAGCUGAAUGAUACCAAGAGACCAUUCCAACAUUAUCUAUCCAGCAAAUAUGGCCCGUUGAGACUUCAAGACUUGGAAUCAUGCCGAUACUCUCAAGAGCGUUCCUCCCCACCAGCUCAGCUUUCACAGUCCAUUGAUGAGCUCCUGCCUCUGGCAUACUGUGAGGGGGAGAUGAGCUGUAAAGCCAGUGGCAUAGGCUACAAGGACAAGCAGCAACGUAUUGAAGAACUCUGUUCCAUGGCAACAGCCCUCAGUGGCCGCAUUGAGAACGAAGCUCGGAGGCUGGGUGUGGAGGCAGAUGUUUGGAAAAGACCCGGGAGCCAAAGCUGGGACAAAGGGCGGGAGCAGGCCGAUUUGGGAGGCUUCACACGAGCAGAUCCGAUGGUCAGCUGGACUGACGCGAAGCGGCAGCACAUCCCAAGUCCUAAGCCACUCCCGUCACCACAGGCCUCACUGUGUGACUUCCUACCUGCCCGACAUCAAGAGUGGGAAGAGCAACAGGGAUCUGCUGUACUGGAGGACGAGAUGCUCCUUGUUGCAGAGCGAAUGCAACACCCAGUGGAGUGA